CCCUCCCCAACAACAAAAACCAAAACCAAAACCAGAAAACAAAACUUUUAAGCCUCAAAACCCUCCCGUCUGUUUUCUCUUUGCAAAAGGUGUCCAUGGCUGCCGUCCUUAUCACCAGAAUCUUCUCUCUGUUUAUCCUGUUUUCGAUCUCUCUUUCUCUGUUUCCUCUCUCUGCAGUUUCGUCUUCAAUUCACGAUCUCCUCCGCUCGCGGGGGUUGCCGGCAGGUCUGGUCCCCAAGGAAGUGAGAUCCUACACUCUUUCUGAUAAUGGCCGGCUGGAGGUCUUCCUCGACGGGCCGUGUAUGACGAAAUUCGAGAACAGAGUGUUCUUCGACAGCGUCGUGAGAGCUAAUCUCAGCUACGGGAGUCUCAGUGGAGUUGUCGGCUUAACUCAGGAGGAGCUCUUUCUGUGGCUACCGGUCAAAGAUAUCAUCGUCGACGAUCCGAAAUCCGGCCUUAUUUUGUUUGACAUCGGAGUUGCGCAUAAACAGCUCUCACUUUCGCUCUUCGAAGAUCCGCCUGAUUGCAAGCCACAAGGGUUUUUGAAGGAUCAUGUGAGGAAGGAGAAAGGGUUUUUUGAGGCUUUGAGAUAGAAAUAGAGAGAGAAAGAGAGAGAGACGGCAAGCUGUUUCAACUUUUCUCUUUGUUUUUUUUUUUUUUGGGAAAAAAAGAAAAAAAAAAUUAAAUGGCAUGUAGCUCUCUAAUUAUAGUUUAAUUAUUAUAUAUAAACAUAUAAUUAAGUAGGAAAUGAAGUGUUUAAUUAGUGUGUUUUAAA